AGAGGGCAGGAGGCGGGUGGAGAGACGGGGCAGGAAGCAGGCGGGAUCGGCCCGGGAAGAACCCGUUCUGGGACCCUCUAGAAAUCCCAGACACCCCUCCCGGGCUGACAGCGCCUGCCUUAGAGCCCGACGCGCUCAUCGAAUUUAGAUUGACUCCUUCGGCUCUCCGUUUUCCUUCUCUAAGGGAAGGGUGGGACUUCCUAUUUUAUCUCUGAGCAGCUUCCGGCAAGAGCUGAUGUGUUAAAAACAAGACAGCACAUGGGCCUGCCGGCCACCCGGAUAAAAAACAAGGAACUCGACCUGGAUUGUACUAAACCAGUUCCAAGAUUCUGUUUUUCGGUUGUGGCGUCCGGCGCUGCAUCCACUACGGAGCCGCCUUGGAAGCCACCGGAAGUCCUUCCACGGAGAAACAGGAUGUCCCGCCUCUUCCUCCCAAAGGGAAGACGGUGAGCCGGAGGAGUCAGUCAGAGGGGCGAGCAGGAGCGAUUCCGUCGCCAAACAGGUUAUGAGUGCCAGUGAGCCGCCUUAGAUAGAAGCAUCAUCAGCACUUUAUUAAUGAUGGAUAGUGAGAAUAAACCCGAAAAUGACGAGGAUGAAAAGAUAAACAAAGAAGCACAAGACUUGACAAAGCUUUCAUCCCAUAAUGAAGACGGUGGGCCUGUAUCUGAUGUGAUAGCAAGUUUCCCUGAGAAUUCUAUGGGCAAAAGAGGUUUUUCAGAAUCAUCGAACUCUGAUAGUGUUGUUAUAGGAGAAGACAGAAAUAAACAUGCUUCCAAACGCAGGAAAUUAGAUGAGGCAGAGCCCCUUAAAUCUGGAAAGCAAGGUAUUUGUAGAUUAGAAACUUCUGAGAGCUCAGUCACAGAAGAGGGUGUUGCAUUAGAUGAAACAGGGAAGGAGACCUUUCUGAGUGACUGCACAGUUGGAGGCACAUGUCUCCCAAAUGCCCUCUCCCCUUCUCGCAAUUUUAGCACUAUUGAUGUUGUUUCUCUGAAAACAGACACUGAAAAAACAUCUGCUCAGGAAAUGGUUUCCCUUGAUCUGGAAAGAGAAUCUCCUUUCCCCCCGAAAGAAAUUAGUGUUAGUUGUACCAUUGGGAAUGUAGAUACAGUUCUCAAAUGCAGCAUCUGUGGGCAUUUGUUUUCUUCUUGCUCUGACUUGGAAAAACAUGCUGAGUCUCACAUGCAGCAGCCUAAAGAACAUACCUGUUGUCACUGCAGCCACAAAGCAGAGAGCAGCUCAGCGCUACAUAUGCAUAUCAAACAAGCACAUGGGCCACAGAAGGUCUUUUCUUGUGAUCUUUGUGGUUUUCAGUGUUCAGAAGAAAACCUGUUGAAUGCACAUUAUCUUGGCAAAACACAUCUCCGUCGUCAGAAUCUGGCUGCUCGUGGAGGAUUUGUACAGAUCUUAACAAAACAACCUUUUCCUAAAAAAUCACGUACAAUGGCAACAAAAAAUGUUCACUCAAAACCAAGAACUUCUAAAUCAAUAGCAAAGAAUAGUGAUUCAAAAGGAUUACGAAAUGUGGGAAGCACGUUUAAAGAUUUCAGAGGAAGUAUUUCUAAACCAAGUGGUAGUAGCAGUGAGCUUCUUGUUGAAAUGAUGCCUUCCAGAAAUACUUGGUCACAGCAGGUAGAGAUUGUUGAAGAACAUGUUACUUCCCUUGGUCUAGCUCAGAAUCCUGAAAACCAGAGUAAAAAGCUAGACACCUUAGUAACCUCAGAGGGUCUCUUAGAGAAAUUGGAAUCUACAAAAAAUACCCUUCAGGCAGCACACGGUAACAGUGUAACCUCGAGGCCAAGACCCGAGCGAAAUAUUCUCGUGUUGGGUAAUAGCUUUCGUCGACGAAGCAGCACUUUCACCUUGAAGGGCCAGGCAAAGAAAAGGUUUAAUCUUUUAGGAAUUAAAAGAGGUACAAGUGAAACUCAGAGGAUGUAUAUGAAACACUUGAGAACACAGAUGAAAACACACGAUGCAGAGUCAGUGCUGAAACACCUGGAAGCGUGCAGCAGUGUGCAGAGAGUGUGUGUGACUACCUCAGAAACCCAGGAGGCAGAGCAGGGCCGGGGGAGUGCCCGUCCUCCGGACUCCGGGCUGCAUUCCCUGACAGUGAAGCCAGCUUCUGACUCUCAGACGUUGUGUGCUUGUACAGACUGUGGGCAAGUAGCUACAAAUAGGACAGAUUUGGAAAUCCAUGUGAAAAGGUGCCAUGCCGGAGAGAUGAAAUUUUACUGCCGUACUUGUGACUUCUCUAGUAUGUCAAGAAGGGACUUAGAUGAACAUUUGCACAGUAACCAGCAUCAGCAAACUGCUUCUGUCCUGAGUUGUCAGUGUUGUUCAUUUAUAUCCUUGGAUGAAAUAAAUCUUAGAGACCACAUGAAGGAAAAGCACAAUAUGCAUUUUCUUUGCACCCCUUGUAAUCUGUUCUUUUUGUCUGAAAAAGAUGUGGAAGAACACAAAGCCACCGAGAAGCAUAUUAAUUCAUUGGUUCAACCAAAGACUUUGCAAUCAUCUAACAGUGAUUUGGUUUUCCAGACUUUACCUUUGAGUACUUUAGAAUCAGAAAACACAAAAGAGUCUAUGGAUGACUCAGGAAAAGCAUCUCAGGAAGAACUUCUGAAGUCCAGGGUAAGCCAUGGUAAUGAAGUGAGGCAUUCCAUUAAGCCUCAGUUUCAGUGUAAGAAGUGUUUUUAUAAAACAAGAUCUUCUACUGUUCUCACGAGACAUAUAAAGCUUCGGCAUGGUCAAGACUAUCAUUUUCUUUGUAAAGCUUGUAAUCUUUAUUCAUUGAGCAAAGAAGGAAUGGAGAAACACAUUAAAAGAAGCAAGCAUCUUGAAAAUGCUAAGAAAAAUAAUAUUGGCUUAAGCUUUGAAGAAUGUAUUGAAAGGGUAUGUAUAGGUGCAAAUGAUAAAAAAGAAGAGUUUGAUGUUUCUGGAAAUGGAAGGAUUGAAGGCCAUAUAGGUGUGCAAUUACAAGAGCAUUCCUAUCUUGAGAAGGGCAUGCUGGCGUCUGAGGAACUGUCACAGUCUGGUGGUAGCACCAAAGAUGAUGAAUUAGCUUCAACCACUGCUCCAAAGAGAGGGAGACCUAAAGGUAACAUCUCACGGACGUGUUCACACUGUGGUCUUUUGGCCUCUAGUAUUACAAACUUGACUGUUCACAUUAGACGAAAACACAGUCACCAGUAUAGUUAUUUAUGCAAAGUGUGUAAGUAUUACACUGUAACUAAGGGAGAUAUGGAACGUCAUUGUGCCACCAAGAAACAUAAAGGACGGGUAGAAAUAGAAGCAAGUGGAAAACACAGUUCAGAUAUCAUCGUUUGCCCUGAAGGGGGUAGCCUUGAAGCUGGUAAAAAGAAUGCUGGCUCAGCAGUGACCAUGUCAGAUGAACAUGCUAACAAACCAGCUGAGUCACCCACCUCCGUUUUAGAGAAGCCAGAUCGUGGAAACUCAAUUGAAGCCGAAGUUGAAAAUGUAUUUCAUUCUCUAGAUGGAGAAGUUAACAGCCAUCUUCUUGAUAAAAAGGAGCAAAUAUCUUCAGAGCCAGAGGACUUCGCCCAGCCGGGGGAUGUGUACUCCCAGAGAGAUGUUACAGGCACAGGUGAGAAUAAGUGUUUGCACUGUGAGUUUAGUGCUCACUCCUCUGCUUCUCUAGAGCUGCAUGUAAAACGGAAACAUACAAAAGAGUUUGAGUUUUAUUGCAUGGCAUGCGAUUACUACGCGGUGACUCGUCGCGAGAUGACCAGGCAUGCAGCAACAGAGAAGCACAAAAUGAAAAGGCAGUCUUAUCUCAACUCUGCUAAUGUAGAAGCUGGUUCUGCAGACAUGUCCAAAAACAUCAUUAUGCCUGAAGAAGAGCAUCAACAAAAUUCUGAGGAAUUUCAAAUAAUUUCAGGUCAACCAUCUGAUACUAUUAAAUCUAGAAAUGCUGCAGAUUGCUCUAUUUUAAAUGAGAAUACUAAUUUAGAUAUGUCUAAAGUGCUCUGCGCUGCUGACUCUGUAGAAGUUGAAACUGAAGAAGAAUCUAAUUUCAAUGAAGACCAUUCCUUUUGUGAGACUUUCCAACAGGCUCCUGUCAAGGAUAAAGUUAGGAAACCCGAGGAGAUGAUGUCACUUACUAUGUCCUCAAACUAUGGCUCCCCAAGCAGAUUUCAAAAUGAAAAUUCAGGAAGCUCUGCCUUAAAUUGUGAGACAGCAAAGAAAAACCAUGAGAUAUCGAAUGAUGCAGGUGAGCUGCGUGUCCAUUGUGAGGGUGAAGGAGGAAACGCAGGAGACGGUGGAGGUGUUGUCCCCCACAGACACCUGUGCCCUGUGACGCUCGAUGGGGAGUGCUCGGCUGAAAGCCCUGCACUCGUUGUGACAAGAAUAACCAGAGAACAGGGAAAUCUGGAGAGCGGGGGUCAGAAUAGAGUUGCACGUGGGCAUGGUUUGGAAGACUUGAAAGGUGUCCAAGAAGAUCCCGUUCUGGAGAAUAAGGAAAUUCUGAUGAAUUCACAACAUGAAACAGAAUUUAUUUUGGAGGAGGAUGGCCCAGCUUCUGAUAGCACAGUUGAAAGUAGUGAUGUCUAUGAAACUAUAAUUAGUAUUGAUGAUAAAGGGCAGGCCAUGUACAGUUUUGGUAGAUUUGACUCCUCCAUAAUAAGAAUAAAGAACCCUGAAGAUGGUGAGUUGAUAGACCAGUCUGAAGAGGGCUUGAUAGCAACGGGAGUGAGAAUUAGUGAGCUGCCCUUGAAAGACUGUGCUCAAGGUGUGAAAAAGAAGAAAUCUGAGGGCAGUUCCAUUGGUGAGUCUACACGAAUUCGCUGUGAUGAUUGUGGCUUCUUAGCAGAUGGACUGAGUGGACUGAAUGUUCACAUAGCCAUGAAGCAUCCUACAAAAGAGAAGCACUUCCAUUGUUUACUCUGUGGAAAGUCGUUCUAUACCGAAAGCAACCUUCACCAGCAUCUGGCUAGCGCCGGCCACAUGAGAAAUGAGCAGGCCAGUGUGGAGGAGCUUCCGGAGGGAGGGGCCACCUUUAAAUGUGUCAAGUGCACAGAGCCCUUUGAUUCUGAACAGAAUUUAUUUCUACAUAUUAAAGGACAGCAUGAGGAAUUGCUGCGGGAGGUGAAUAAGUAUAUAGUGGAAGACACUGAGCAAAUCAACCGCGAGAGGGAGGAAAACCAGGGAAACGUCUGCAAGUAUUGUGGGAAGAUGUGUCGAAGCAGCAACUCGAUGGCCUUCCUGGCACACAUUCGCACUCAUACAGGAUCAAAACCAUUCAAGUGCAAGAUAUGCCAUUUUGCAACAGCUCAGCUUGGAGAUGCCAGAAACCAUGUGAAAAGGCACCUUGGGAUGAGGGAAUACAAGUGUCAUGUCUGUGGGGUUGCUUUUGUAAUGAAGAAGCACUUAAAUACUCAUCUACUAGGCAAGCAUGGAGUUGGCACCCCAAAAGAAAGGAAAUUUACAUGCCACUUAUGUGAUAGAAGUUUCACAGAGAAGUGGGCCCUGAACAACCACAUGAAACUCCACACGGGAGAAAAGCCGUUUAAAUGUACCUGGCCCACGUGCCAUUACUCAUUCCUCACAGCCUCCGCAAUGAAAGACCACUACAGGACGCACACAGGCGAGAAGUCGUUUCUGUGUGACCUCUGCGGCUUUGCCGGCGGGACCCGCCACGCCCUCACCAAGCAUCGCAGACAGCACACAGGAGAAAAACCUUUCAAGUGCGAUGAGUGUAACUUUGCCUCCACAACUCAGUCCCAUUUGACUCGGCAUAAACGUGUCCACACUGGAGAAAAGCCCUACAGAUGCCCUUGGUGUGACUACAGGUCAAACUGUGCUGAAAAUAUCCGCAAACAUAUUCUGCAUACUGGCAAACACGAAGGAGUCAAGAUGUACAACUGUCCCAAGUGUGACUACGGGACCAACGUCCCGGUGGAGUUCCGGAACCAUCUGAAGGAACAGCAUCCUGACAUCGAAAACCCGGACCUCGCUUACCUGCAUGCUGGCAUUGUUUCCAAGUCCUACGAGUGCCGUCUAAAGGGACAAGGAGCCACCUUCGUGGAGACAGACAGCCCCUUCACCGCGGCGGCCUUGGCAGAAGAGCCCCUCGUCAAGGAGAAGCCCCUCAGAAGCAGCAGGAGGCCAGCGCCGCCCCCUGAGCAGGUGCAGCAGGUCAUCAUCUUCCAGGGCUACGAUGGGGAGUUUGCCCUGGACCCCUCGGUGGAGGAGACGGCCGCCGCCACGCUGCAGACGCUGGCCAUGGCCGGCCAGGUGGCCCGGGUGGUGCACAUCACGGAGGAUGGCCAGGUCAUCGCCACAAGUCAGAGCGGGGCACAUGUAGGCAGCGUGGUGCCCGGACCCAUCCUCCCCGAGCAGCUGGCUGAUGGAGCCACCCAGGUGGUCGUCGUGGGGGGCUCCAUGGAAGGCCACGGCAUGGAUGAGUCCCUCAGUCCAGGUGGCGCUGUGAUACAACAGGUGACCAAGCAGGAGAUUUUAAACCUCUCUGAGGCUGGAGUCGCUCCCCCCGAGGCAUCCUCAGCCCUGGAUGCGUUGCUCUGUGCGGUCACUGAAUUAGGGGAGGUGGAGGGCAGGGCUGGGCUCGAGGAGCAAGGCAGGCCCGGCGCCAAAGACGUGCUGAUCCAGCUGCCCGGGCAGGAGGUCUCCCAUGUGGCUGCCGACCCCGAGGCCCCCGAGAUCCAGAUGUUCCCACAGGCCCAGGAGAGCCCGGCCGCCGUGGAGGUGCUCACCCAGGUGGUCCAUCCCUCAGCAGCCAUGGCCUCUCAGGAGCGGGCACAGGUGGCCUUCAAGAAGAUGGUCCACGGCGUCCUCCAGUUUGCUGUGUGUGACACGGCCGCGGCCGGCCAGUUGGUCAAGGACGGUGUCACCCAGGUGGUGGUGAGCGAAGAGGGUGCCGUCCACAUGGUCGCCGGGGAGGGUGCCCAGAUCAUCAUGCAGGAGGCGCAGGGCGAGCACAUGGAUCUGGUGGAGUCCGACGGGGAGAUCUCGCAGAUCAUCGUGACGGAGGAGCUGGUCCAGGCCAUGGUGCAGGAGUCCAGUGGCGGCUUCUCCGAGGGCACCACGCACUACAUCCUGACAGAGCUGCCCCCAGGGGUGCAGGACGAGCCGGGCCUGUACUCCCACACGGUGCUGGAGACUGCGGACUCGCAGGAACUCCUGCAGGCCGGGGCCACACUAGGCACAGAGGCCGGGGCCCCAAGCAGGGCAGAGCAGCUGGCCAGCGUGGUCAUCUACACCCAGGAGGGCUCCCCGGCCGCGGCGGCAAUUCAGAGCCAAAGAGAAAGCAGCGAACUCCAGGAAGCAUGAGACGCGCGGCACCUUAACUCAGCACAGGGCAGGUGUGGGAAGGUCCAGCUUCGGCGGGGGACUGUGUUCCCUGAGCUUCAUCUGAAACCUUCAAAACCAUGAGGACAAGGCUCCUGUGAGCUCUGAGCAUGCCCUCCCAGCGAGAGUCACACUGGCCACCAGCCAGGCGCCCACAGAGGGUACCGUGGGCUGGGCCUCGGGGAGCAGGCUGCCAAGUGCAUGGGAGGGCCGGGCGCAGGCCGCACAGGGAGCUCCGGUCCACUGGGGGCCCUUCGAUCAGUGGCCUCCCCCUUUGUCCUGGUUGCUGUGCUGAAGAGAAGCCAAGUGUUGUUGGUGAUGUUUUUCUCUCCCAAGUGUUUUCCCAUUUCAGUUAUCAGAAGGUCAUGGCCGUGGGGAAAGUGGUGAAGAUACCCCUCGUGGCUUGGGGUGCACCUGCUUGUGCAGUCAGCAUGUAGCUGCCUUUCCAUUUCAUUCUCUACUGGGCUAAAAAUUGCAGCUACAAGUGUUACCAUCUGGAAGCAGUCCACUUCCAUUCAAUUUUUUUUUUUUUAAUUUUAGAAUAACAGUGUCCCCAUACCAAAGGAAGCCUGCUAGCUCAUUUCAUGUAUAAAUUUCCCAUCUUCAAACAGUUUAGGUGUAUUUGUUGCUGUGGUCACAUUCUGCAUAAAAGAAAUCCUCUUAAGCCUAUGGUUAAGAAAAGCCUUGAAGUUUAUAUUCAGUUAAAAUAUAUGUCGGUGGAGAUAGCCAGUGCUUCUAAUUUUGACUUAGUUUCAUACAAUAAAGCCUAAAUGUGAAACGCACAUGCUGGAAGAUAUUGUUCCUAUCAAUAUUUUGCUUUUUAUAACAAGGGUUUGUUCAUAUUGAUGCCAUUUUUGCAGGAUUUCUUCGUGAUUUCUGUCCAUAUGAAAAUGCUGACAUUAAACAUUAACACAUGGAGACCGUGCCCUGUGGCCCUGCCGUGGCUGCCAGCAUGGUCUGUGUUUCCUUGUAGAUUCACCUGUGGCCCUGCUGUGGCCACCAGCAUGGUCUGUGUCCUUGUGGAUUCACUGCAACUGUCGGAUGCGAGUUUCUGUCAUAAUCAUUUGUUUCCUGAUACAAUUGUUCUUAUUCUUUUCCAAAACUGUAAAAUAAUCUCCUCCCUCAAAUGCAAAGGUUGUUUUUGUUCUGUUUCUGUUUUCUUUGAAAUAAAAUUAUAGCAUUAAAAGAUCA